UUGUAAAUGGCGACCUCUGUAGGACAACUGUUGUAACGAUUUAAUUACCACUAAAAUGAAUGGGUCAAUGACAAGACACAGGUGAAUUAAUUGGCUCAUUUUAAUUCUAGCGAUAUUCACGUUCCACGGGGAAGGGUGCAGCUUUUUUCCCGUGAUGGCUUCAGUACGCGUGGCAGUCAGAGUCCGUCCACUUAACAAAAGAGAACAGCAGUUGUCCGCAAAGGUAGUGACUCGUUUUGAAGGAAACAAUGUGUAUUUGUACAAGCCAUUAUCGGUUCGAGGGGACAAGAACACAAAAAUCUUUACGUACGACUUUUUGUAUGACUCUGAUGAAAGAAGUCCCUCUUUUGCAUCCCAGGAGAAGAUUUUCAAUGAUCUUGGGCAGGAUGUCUUAAAAGCGGCAUUUGAAGGAUUCAACACCUGUGUUUUUGCCUAUGGCCAAACUGGAUCUGGCAAAUCUUACACCAUGAUGGGUCAUGCAGAACAAAAGGGUUUAAUCCCACAAAUCUGUGUAGGGUUGUUCUCCAAAAUAUCUGACUGCACAAGCGGCAGGGUGUCAUUUCGAACGGAGGUCAGCUUCAUGGAAAUCUACAAUGAACGUGUGCAUGAUCUUCUUAAGAAGAGGACUGCAGCAACAGAGAAUGGAAACCUUAGAGUGAGAGAACACCCCAGGGAUGGACCCUAUGUUGAGAACCUAUCCAAGCAUUUGGUACACAGUUACAGUGAUGUGGAAGAGUUGAUAGCUGCUGGGAACAUCAACCGAAUCACUGUCAGUACUGGGAUGAAUGAUUCCAGCAGCCGCUCGCAUGCCAUCUUCACCAUCAACUUCACUCAGGCAUGGUUUGAUGCAGAGUUGCCACGCGAGAUGCUGAGUAAGAUCCACUUGGUCGACCUGGCUGGCAGUGAGAGGGCAAAUGUCACACAUACUUCAGGCAUCAGACUUAAGGAGGGUGCCAACAUCAACAAAUCCCUUGUUACCUUGGGCAAUGUGAUCUCUGCUCUUGCUGAGCUCAGUGUAGGCCAACCGACAACAAAAAGGGCGACCUUCAUCCCUUACAGGGACUCUGUCCUUACAUGGUUGCUUAAAGACAGCCUUGGAGGAAACUCAAAGACUACUAUGAUUGCAACCAUUUCCCCAGCUGAUUUGAACUAUGGGGAGACUCUGAGCACAUUGCGCUAUGCCAGCCGUGCUCAAAGCAUCAUGAACACCCCUACAGUGAACGAAGACAAGAGUGUGAGCCUGAUCAGGGAACUACAAGCAGAGGUCAUUAGGCUGAAAAGGCUACUUGUAGAAACCAAACAGGUUACUCAUAGAGAGCUGUCUUCCUCGCUCAGGGUAGAAGAGGAGCUGCAUGAAAAUGAAGAAAAGGUUUAUACUCUGACCAAAGAGUGGACCUGCAAAUGGGAGGAGACUCGAGGUAUUAUGCAGGAGGAGCCAGUGGCUCUGAAGAAGAAAGGAAGCGCAGUGGUUUUGGACUGCCGGUACCCCCAUCUGAUAGGCUUGGAUGAAGACUUGCUCAGCACUGGCAUUGUUCUAUAUUAUUUGAAAGAAGGCAGAACCAUGAUAAAUACUAACAAAACAACCCACUGCUUGGAUAUUGAAGACUGUAAACCUGAGUUCGGAGGUGAACAUUGUGUGUUUGAGAACCAUGCUGGUACUGUGACUGUCAUCCCUCACGAGGAUGCAAUGUGUUCAGUUAAUGGUACUGUGAUCACACAUCCUUGUCAGCUGACUCAGGGUGCCAUCAUACACCUUGGCAGUAAAACCAUAUUACGCUUUAACCACCCCACUGAAGCUGCCUUCCUCGGAGGGAGACAGCAGAGUGGGCUGAUACCAAUGAACACCUUGUCUCCAAAAUUGAAAUCUAACAAUUUACCCAAGAUGAUACUUGGCACUUCAAGUAAACUUGAUCUACCUACUUCAAGCACUGUGGAGUCCAAACUCGUGACCUGCCUGUCUACAUUUGCACCAACAGAUUGUUUCAAAUUUCCUGCAAUACCUGGAAAAGGUCCUGUCCCUAACGCUAUUUUCGAUUUGGAUGGAGGCACACAACAGAAUGGGGUAAGCACUGGGGCUGACCUGAAGCAGGAGAUAGCUCUGUGUCAUAAAUCAUGGCCAGAGCUGAUGUCUAAGCACCCUUGGAGGGAGACCGAAAAUGUUGCUGAAGUCUCAAGCUAUACAAAAGCGGAGGUGUGGUCAGGGGAUGCCAGCCUCCAGCAGACAAGUGUCCUGGGCCUAGGUGAUGGAUGUGUCAUGAAGCCAGAGGGGAAUGCUAACGAGAUCCAAGGUGUUGUGGCUCAUUGCUGCAAGGGGAGACCUGGCUCUGGUGGGAGCUCAUUAGGCAAUAUGUCCCACCUUCAGCAUACAGGGGGAACUAGCUCCAUGCCUGUCCCUCCACAGACCAACUCUCUUCAGCUCAAACAAGAUGCUCCUCGCAGUCUGGGAUCCAGCUCUCCCUCCGUGGAGUCUAGCUUACAGGGACAAUUGAGCUGUGGAGACAAAGAUGGUUUUGGAUCUUUAGAGGACUCUGUAACACAUGCCAGAGUCUAUGUGGAGGCUGCAGUUCAAAGCUCUAGAUUGAGUGUCUUCGUCAAGAAAGUGAGUGGGAUUGUCAAAGAUGCUCGGCGUUUCCUGUGGAGCUCAUCUCUGCCACUGCAGCAGUUUGAAGAGGAAAGAAAAAAACAUUUAGUCACCCACUGGUCCAAUCAUCUAAUUUCUCUAGUCAAGGAAAGCAAAGUUAUGUCUGUAAUUGAUAGCCAAGUCCGCUUCCUAGUAAAUGGAAGUCAUGGCUUCUCAUAUUUCAAAAGUCCUGGUAUUUAUUCAAUGGUCAAAAAAGUACCACUGAUCCAACACAUCCAGAAGGAGAUAAUGGAACACCUUUGGGCCAAUGAGGCUACUAUGAAUAUUCAGGACUCCAAUUAUCAACAUAUCACACCGAUCAGAGCUACAUCCCAGACACAGAAUAUCAGCAAAGAUUGGUUAGUUGAUACAGAUUCAUUACAAGAGGACAAAAGUGCUGAGACGGACAAGGAUUGGGCAUUGGAUAACUCUGUCAUUAUGCAAAGAGAUAUUACAAAAUGUUGUCUAUCGUUGAUAGAUUAUCCUGAUGCCCUCAUGAACCUGCAAAAUUGCUCAUUUCGGCACCUAAAAAAAUCUCUACAGUCAGUGCUAUCUAGCACAGUGCUGGUUUCUCAAAAGAUUGUUGCUCUCUUUUGGAUGAAUGUAGCUAAACCUAGCCAACCUGAACCUUGUCCUGGCCUUCUAGUCCUCCUGGAAUCGGGUCUUUUUACAUUGACUGCAGAAUCUGGGCAUUUGGUAUUAUUCCACCAGCUCCCUUUCUUGAUUUUGCAAGAGUUGCAGGUAAGCUUUACAGGCCACGGUUUGCGUUUAAUGGGAACUACACAGGAAAGCAUCUUGGGUCUGUACACUCACAGCCAAAAGCUUACCCAAGAGAUAUGCUGGGCCAUACUGGAAGUUCUGUGCCCUGGAGACAAUCGGGUCUCUCAGCACCCGCUAUUUAAUGAUGACUGGAUGGGAGUUGGUAACAAUUUGUCACUGGACACACAGGCUUUCUUACCUGAGCUUCUAUUAGAUGCUGGUCUGAGGGUUUGCUGCCAGUUUCAGAAGAGUCUUGCAGAUUUGGUUUAUCUUCUUUACUGCAACAUGGAGGAAGGAACAGCUACCCUUGGGGAUCUGCAGCUCUUGUUGUACACAAGUGUAAAGGCCUACUUAAGCUCCAGCAACUGUAAUGAAACUAUGACUCAGCUUUUACUUACCGAUACACACAUUGGACUGGUGCAGGAAGAUGUUGUUUUUUACCCGACCCUACGCUCACUCACCGUACAGCCCUGCCAUCAACAAUUCCACAACCUGACUCUUCGUCAGCGAGCUGAUAUACGCUUCUUGGUGGUACAUGAAGACAAGUGCGGAGUUGUCAGUCUAGAUCUAAUUUUUACAAAUAUGAGGGCCAGAGGUCACCCUGAAUGUGCGAUGAAAGUAGCCACCCCUCCUACACUUGUUUCUAAUUCACCUCCACAUGCGGAGGUGUGGAAAUUAACUUUCGGUUGCUCCACUGAGGCAGCAUGCCUGAUUAAUUAUUUGUCAAAUGUCUGAUCAACAACUGACAGACGGUAAUGAGCUGCUCAUCUUGAAGACACGUGGAGAAUUAGCAAGCAGUCCAAAGGACUGUGAAUCCUACACCCAAUUUUGAUGUCUGAUUUAUCCUUUCCAGGAAAUUGACAUUUUAUGUAACAACUCUAGCUUGGAGAAUUUUUAAUCCCACAUCUUGUUCUUCCAUCUGUUUUACCUGCAACCACCCACAUGCUUAUUUAACCAGAUUACAUCAUGAUUAUUUUAAAUGAUUGUUCCAGUUUACUAAAUUUCUAAUAAUUUUAAGGAUUUAGUUCUCAAAUAAGUGUAUAUAAUGUUCUUGUCAAGUUGUUUGUGUUUGAAUGUUUCGUGUAAGCAAACUCUUAAUGUUUCUAUGAGUUUUCAAAUAAAAGUUGACCUCUAAGGGGAAGUUUGCCAUUAUUUACAGUGAGCUAGAUUAAGCAACUAAAAAAGGAUUUAAGAAAUAUUCUGACAAUUUUUUUAGCCAUACUUUGAAUUGGACAUAUAUUUAUGAUGCGGACGUGGCCACUUGCUGGGCUCCCACUGGUGAACCAGACAGCCAAUCCCCCCCUCGUAUCUACUACUGGGAUUCAGCUUUCAAAACAUACCUUAAGACUUCCUUUUGGUUCUUGGGUCUGAAGACAUACCAUCAUUGACAGUCAAUAACGGGAUAAUUUGUUUACCGUCUGCUUUGGAAGCAUGUGAAUGUGACCCAGCCAGUUCUCUCACUGCUUAGUAGUUGAUGGGAUA